GUUAUGUAUCGGAGUUACAGGGUUUUGGGUGGUGGCGGCGUAAGUUACGGUAUUUUACGAUAUCAAUACUACGAUGGACUCGGUGGAGAGCAAAGAAGGGAAAAGGAGAAGAGAAAGAAAAUAGUAUUUGGAAACAUCCCACAGCAGACACUUGGACAGAUGGACAAAGACAAAAACGAUGAACAGACAAAACGAUAA